GGUACAUAAAGGUUGUUUACACUAUUUACAUAAUUUAGUCGGCGACUGCACCGCGCUCGCUAUGUAUCUGACCGCCAUGUUUCUGUGGCUGUUUUUUCUUGGUAACGUGAGUUCUUCGCCGACUGGAGAUGAACUAUUUCGGAGUCUUAUCAACGAAGGAGAACUUGCGUUAAACGAUGAAGCUUUUAUCAAGCAUAUAUUACCAGGAGUACUACCUCCUCAAAAACCUGCAACGCAAAUCACUCUACAACUAGAAGAUGACGUCAAGCAUAGAGUGCUAGAGUUGCCUACUUCUAAGGAACCCGAAAUGCAAAGCAUACCAGAACUUGAAGAUGAAAUCAAGCAUGUAGUGCCAGAGUUACCUUCUCAAAAAUCCGAAACUCAAAGCAAAUCAGAACUAGAAGAUGAUAUCAAGCAUGAAGUACCGGGGUUGCUUCCUCCUCAAGAAACCGAAACGCAAAGUAUACCAGAACAAGAUGAUGAAAUCAAGGAUGUAGUACCAGAAUUGCCUUCUCAAAAACCCGAAACGCUGAGCAUACCAGAACUAGAAGGUGACAUUAAGCAUAUAGUGUCAGAGUUACCUCCUCAAAAUCCCGAAACGCUAAGUACAACAGAACAAGAAGAUGAAAUCAAGCAAGUAGUAUCAGGUUUGCCACCUUUUCAAAAACCUGAAACGCAAAGCAUACCAGAACUAGAAGAUAAUAUCAAGAAUAUAACACCAGGGUUGUCUACUGCUCAAAAAACUGAAAUGCAAAACAUACCUGAACUAGAAGAUCACAUAAAACAUGUACUACCAAAAGUGCCUUCUCCUCGUAAACCCGAAACGCAAAGCGUAUCUGUAGUAGAAGAUGACUUCAAGCAUAUAUUACCAGGGUUGCCUCCUACUCCGAAACCCGAAACCCAAAGCAUACCAGAAACAGAAGAUGAGAUCAAGCCCGUUGUACCAGAGGUGCCUCCGCCUCAAAAACCUGAAACGCACAGUAUUCCAGAACUAGAAGACAUUAUUGAUAAGGAUAACGAACAUUACAAGAUUUUAAGUCAACAUUUUGCUGCCGGUCACACAUUAAAAGGGUUGACAUUUACAAUUUAUGAUGAUAAUAUGAGAGAGGCUGCUGUCGCGCUCUUUCGUAUUUUACAAAAUAUUGAUGAAAGCAAAAUAACCAUUAUAAGAGAAUGGGCUCGUAAACAUAUAAAUAAGGACAUCUUAGAAUACGCUUUACGGCUAACAUCACUACACAGACGUGAUGACGCUGUCAAGGAAUUGGAACCACCCUUUGUGACGAAGCCAAACUUAUUUUUGAACAGUGAAACAAUACAUAAAGCAUUAAUGUUGAAAAUUCAUAAUGGAAACAUCGAUCCCCAGGAAGAAGAAAUAUAUCAAAUUUUUAAAGAACAAGAUCUAGUUAUCAUAAACACAAACUACUCAGGAUGGAAUCAACAAAAUUUGAAUUGUAUAGAUUAUUUAGAUUAUUUUAGACAAGAUAUUGGUCUCAAUAGCUAUUACUAUGGAAUGCAUCUUCUCUAUCCAUUUUGGAUGAGCAAUAACGAGCUAUCAGCAAUAGAUUCGAGAUAUGCUGAGCAUUAUUAUUAUAUACACAGACAUUUAAUGGCAAGAUACAAAAUGGAGAAGCAACAUCUUUUUAAGAAAUCUAUAAUUCCGGAUUCUAAAUGUUAUGAUGACUUUAUCCCUAAUUUAUCAUAUGAAAAUGGUUUGCCGUUUCCGUCGAGAUCUUCAGUACAAGCAGGUUUGAAUGAAGAGCAAACCCGUAUGAAAUCUAUAGAUAUUGCUAUAAAAGAAUGUAUUACAAGAGGAGUAAUAUUUAUGGAGAACGGAACAAAAGUUGAUCUGACAGAAGAGAAUUACGUGGAACUUCUCACUAAAUUGAUCCGAGCGAAUUAUGAGAGCAUUCAAGCAGCGAAAUCGUUAAGAGCUCUUCUUGGUUAUGGAGGAAAUGGAUAUCUCUUAGACAGUUACAACCCAGCCCCUUCGGUUCUACAUCACCCGCAAACAACACUACGUGAUCCGUUCUAUUGGACAAUGAUCGAAAUGUUGCUGAAGUACUAUAAACAGUAUUCACAUAUUUUGCCACCAUACGAUUUUUCAAGAUAUCAAAGUGAAGACAUUGCCAUCAUCGGCUACAGUAUUCCACGGAUUACCACAUAUUUUGAUUAUUAUCAAAUUAGUAUGAACAACGUUUUUAGAAACUAUGACCAAAUUAAUACAGACGUUAUAUAUACCGCUAGGCAGAAGCGAAUUAAGCAUUUGCCUUUUAAUUUUUCUUUUAGUGUUGAUUCAAAAGUUAAUAAAACUGUUUUAGUUAAAUUGUUUCUAGGACCAAGUUGUGAAUAUGUAAGGUGCUGGGAUUUGUAUUCUGAAUUUUAUGAACUUGAUGCUUUUACACAAGAACUAGAAGAAGGUCUUAAUAUUGUUAAAUGGUCUUCUGAAACAUCAUCGAAAUAUUCUAUAGAUGACUACUUUAAUGUAGAAUUGAAAACUUCUAGAAAUAAUAGAUUUAACAUGUUCAAGUUUCCAGAAAAUAUGAUCAUACCCCAAGGUUUGAAUAAUGGACUGAACGCGACUUUAUUCUUAUUAGUUGUGCCUGAAUCUGCUACUUAUAAAGCACCUUUGGGAUUUCCUUUUCAUAGACAAGCUUUGAUUAAUUAUACCGAAACCAAUAAUUACAAGUUUUAUACUAUUUCAAUAUACCACAAAGAGAACACAAGAGAAAUGGAAGGAUAUUAUUCUCCUCAUUUAAAUUAGUUAAGUAGUUUAAAAAGUAUGAAUUAAUUAAAUAUAAUAAGUUGUUCUAUGUAUAAUUUACUGGGAUGGUGAAAGUAAAUGAAAAUAAUAUGUUUAAUUAAA